AUGGGGCAUGAGUGGGAACCGAGUUUUCGUCUAGGUAUGUGUCCUUGGAUUGAUGUUGCAUAUUCGGCUCCUAUUGCGAUGACAAUCGUUGCUGAGCACAACAUCCUUAUGCACCCAUUUCACAUGUUAGGCGUAGCUGGUGUAUUCGGUGGCUCCCUAUUUAGUGCUAUGCAUGGUUCUUUGGUAACCUCUAGUUUGAUCGGGGAAACCACAAAAAAUGAAUCCGCUAAUGAAGCUUACAGAUUUGGUCAAGAGGUGGACAACAUGAUCUCCCUCAAGCCUAUUCCCUCUUGA